CGAAUCAACAGAUAGGGGGAUGACAUGAUUUCUAUCGUAGUGGUUUUGUCUACCAUUUACCUACUACCUACAUACUUUUCUUAACAUAAUUCUUGGAAGAACUUCCCACAAUAGUCAUGCCAAUUCACUAAACCCGGAACUGCCCGUGGUGAAUGCCACAGAAACCACACUAUGUCUAGCCUGAACACCUUGUGGAAAGGAGACUAUCCUAUCCAAGCCGAUGUGGUUGUAAUAUGCCCAUGCGAUGCCUGUCCGGAUCAAGUCUCUUGGUGGAAAAAUGAAUUCGCUAGUAAAUUUCCUAACUGUCGCGUCUCGUUAUAUAUGCUCGAACUAUGGGACAGACUUCCUGGUGUCUUCGUAGCCGGCAAGAUGCAACACGAAGCAACUCGUCUUCUCGAUUCUCUGGACACACUUAGAAAAGAUGACAGCAAACUGCCCAUAAUGUUCAUUGCACAGGAUAUUGCAGGUAUCUUUCUAAAGGAGUCUCUCGUGAUAGGUUCUCGAUACUCUGAAUCGUCUAAGAACAUAUGUCGCCGCACAAAAGCUAUAGUUUUCAUUUGCUCCCCUCACAGAACUGGAUCUAUAAAAGAGCUGGAUCUAGCUCUAGUCCGUCUUGUUCUCGCCAAAAAGAAGAUUCCAGAAAGAGAGGCGUGGAAAAGCGCCUCAGACCUUAGGGAUUGGGUGAUUUCAACUAAUGAUGACUUCCUUGCAACCAAAAUCCCUCUCUCGUCUCUCAUUCUUAGUACUAUGUCAACAAGCUCAGAUCCAGAUCUAAGGAUCUUUGAUCAAUUCACAAGCUCAAUGUUGACACCAUUAGAAUGGCUGUGGGGAACGGGAGUCUCGUAUGAUCAGGUCGCAAAGGCCAUUCCCUGGGCAGAGUUGAACUUGGAGGGAAUCAUACAUGAAAAUGGCGAAAAAUUGGCGUAUGAAUUACGCAACCUCUUGUCGGUGGCAGUCCCACAGUAUCCAGCCCAAGAAUUAUUUCCUGGCCAAGGACUCUCAGGCCUCGACAAAUUUGAACAAUGGAAACUGAGUCAAGGAUUCAGAGUUCUACUACUUGACCUCCCUCAUAACGGCAUGGAUAUAACAAGCAACGUCCUAGCCAACCUCAUAGAACCCGUCGCCGGGCCAUUCUCUGGACGUCGUUUACUAUACUUCGUGUUCAAGGCGACAGAUACCCAUUUAAACUCUAUAGAGUCGAUGUUGGUGACGUUGCUGUGUCAGCUUAUCAAUUAUUCCCAGCAAUUGGGACGGGAAAAAUUAAUCGAUGAAAUUCGAGCAACUAUUUCAACUUUACCCCCAAGCGAAUUUUGGAAGAUAGACGACCUUUACUUUCUCUUCAUUGAUAUCCUCCUUGAGAUACAGGCAUCUGGAGCACAGGUACCCGUUGCUAUCCUAAUUGGUAGCCUUGACAAGGCGCCCACAUCCUGUAUUUGGCUAUUUCGGAAAUUGCAGCUAGUGGCCAAGGACUGUGAACUAGACAUCAAAGUAGUCGGCACAGUUUCAGAUUCUAGUUGGCUACCUUCCAAAGAUGAAAUCGAUGUUCCCAUCUUGAAAGUAGUGGACACACCCAUGGACUGCGAUAAUACCUCCCAAGAACUGAACUUGAAGUGCCUGACAGGAACUGGAUCGCACUUUGCACACUGUACAGACAAUAAUCUAAAUACCACUGGCGUAUAUAUCAGCGAGGUUGAUGGCUGGUCCUCACUUAUCCGAGAGAGGCCACAACUUUAUGCCUGUCGGAAACUUUUAGUUGAAUUACAUCAAUCAUGCAUCCAUGAUUGGGAUUUAUGCCAACUAAUUAUCUCGUGGCUCAGAGUAGCAGAUCUGCCCCUAUCCCAGAGCUCCGUGGAAAAAUAUCUGUCAGAACUUCUUCCAGCAUCUGUGCAGAAGAUUCUCGACAGUGUUUCGUUGUCAAUUACCUCCGCCGAUCGCGAAUGGGCCUCAUCAAUCCUAGAAGUAUUGUUAUACUCAUUCAGGCCAUUGACCCUCUCGGAAUUGAGUAUGAUUAAUUCUCCAACCAAAACAAAACGGGAUUCUGUGCGGUCGUUAUCACAGAGAUUGAGCUACGUAUUUAAAGGGCUGGUCACUAUCCAGAGCGGAAAAGUCCACCUAGCUCACCAUGAUCUUCGUGACCUUCUCCUUAAGAGGAAUAAUGCAAACUCGGAAUAUCAUAUCGCGAUACACGAAGAGAAACAAGUACACCAGCGUCUGGCCAAGUCAUGUCUCGCGUAUCUUUCGUCUUCUGAGGGCGAGGCCGCGAUGUCAGAAGGACUUGUUUCCCCGGGACCGCCGUUCCUCGAUGACCGAGACAACCUUUUAUAUUAUGCAGUUAGAUACUGGCCGAUGCAUGGAAUUGCAGCUGACUUUAAUGAAGCGACAAGUAGCAAACUCUUGCGGGAUUUUAUGGAAAAUGAUGGAAAGCGCAUCGGUCUUUGGGCUAUGACAUAUAGGUCUCUUGAUCCCUUGGGGUUGCCGAACCCCCUUUACCCCGAACCAGCCGACCCUAACGACGCCCUCUUAAUAUUUUCCAAGUACAACCUUGGAAGUUUUAUUUCGCCAGUUAUGACCAGAUUUCAGAGCCUUCCCUCUUCUAAGGUGAAGAGGUCGUACGCUCUUUCAAUAGCUUUAGGAAGCGACAACACCGGACUCGCCACUAGAUUAGGAAUGGAUACGUCUAAAGAGGUAGCUGAUAUACCAAUCCUGGCAGCGAUAGAGAUUGGACACGCAAAAUCUAUUUCAUCUUUUACCUCAGGGGUGAAUGAUGGGACGGUCCCCAUGAAAAGUAUCCAUCCCAUUCUCUCUCGCGCGGCAACUCUUGAUAUGGCGGAUUUCAUUCGGCAGCUUAUUAAAGCCACGGAAAAUAACACCAUGGACUGGGAUACGGAGGUCCCGCAUACAGAUGGUGUAUCUAUAUCACCUAUGUAUUAUGCUGCUCAAAGGAACAGCCUCGGUGUAGUAGAUGCUCUGCUGCUUUCCGAGAAAGUCCGAGUUCGCUCUAUCAUUUGGGCGUUGCUAGAAGAUCAAGACAUGGAGAUUAUAUGGAUCUCGACUUGUAAAUUUGGUUACUCAGAAAUCCUUACCAAACUCCUCCAAUUUAGUUUCUCCAACGAGCAUAUCUCUGAUGAGACCAAAUUUAAGUGCCACCAACAAGCUGUUCAGUCUGCCAUAAAAUAUGGCCAGCACAAGAUACUAGAGCUAUUACUACAGUCGAAGCCGCAGGUCGACGAGCAAGACCGAGUCAAUAGAGACAAGAUGGCACUUCGCUCGGCGAUUUCGUCUAACAGAACCAUGUGCUGUUUGAGUUUGAUAGCGCAUUUGAAGAGCCAGCUAGGAUCGGACGAUACAUUGAUCAUCCAAGCUAUCGAGAUGCAAAAUAUCCAGGUCUGUAACGAGCUUCUACGCCAUACUCAAAGGUCAACCAUGGAAGAUAAGAUUGGAAGCUUCUUAAGCAAAGCGAUUUCAACCAAUUCACUUCCCAUAGUUCAGGCCGUUUACAACCGCGCAGAAGCACUUGGGAUGGAAGAUAUAACUCCUAUGACCGAAGCUCUAGGGCAUACGGUGAAAGAACUCAUACGCUUAAAGGACGACUUCCACGAUGUUCUCUUGUGGAUCUAUCCAAGAGCUGUGCGCAAUAACAAUCCUAAACACCUCAUGGUGUACGAUCGGACGCCUUUGUUCAAUGCAGCUUUUCAAGGUACAGCAUGGCUGUGUCGUGCUCUUAUUGAGGCGAAUGUUGAUGUAAACGGAGUUGGGGAUAGCGAUAUGUGGUAUCCCAUACACGCUGCAGCUGAUAACGUGCUCAUUACGCGGAUGUUGAUUGCGGCUGGCGCCGAUAUCGACAAGAAGAACUCAAAGGGGUCCACGGCACUAAAAUUGGCUCUCCAAUGGAGUUGCUUAGAUGUUGUUGAAGCUCUGCUCGAGGCGAACCCAUCUCAGCAGACCCUAAGCACGGGUUUCGUAGAAGCUAUCCAGCAGGGCAAGACGGAAAUAGCAGAACGAAUUAUCCAAGCCAAUAUAAGGCUCUCCUAUCCAAUGCCGGGUGCGAAUGUAGACAGUAUUCUCCAUCGUAUAGUACUUAGCGGGCAUCUAUCGCUCGUCAAGUUGAUAUUGGAGUACAAUGUCAACAUAGACCAGGCUACCGGUCGUCAAAAGAUAACUCCACUAUGUUGCAUUAGAGAAACAACCGAUGAGGGUAUCGUUCGAAUGCUUGUCAAUCGUGGAGCAGAUAUCGAAGGCGCUGAAACUAACUCUCCAACACCUUUAUCUAUGGCGGCUUUCUCUAAUAAUAUACCCGCUGCCAAGUUUCUCAUAAAUCGGGGUGCUAAGGUUGACGCUGAAAAUCUAAAGUCGGGGCCGUUUCAUACAGCCUGUCGCCAUGGAUCCAUUGACAUGGUUAAGCUACUUCGAAAAAGGGCAAAUGUGAAUAAACCACUACAGACAACGUCGGGGACUCCAUUGCAAGCCGCCUUACUCCGAAAAAACAAGCAAUGGAAAAACGAUAUCAUAUCUUAUCUUCUGGAAGAUCCAGACAUCGAUUUGGGACAGAAAUCUGCAUUUUGGGGGGAUAAUGUUGUUGGUCUGGCCUGUUUGACUUCUGACAUAUCCCUGGUACAAAAGCUUAUAAACCAUAAGGCUCAAACUACCAGUGGAGACCAUUUAGCUAGGAAACCCAUCCAUUUCGCCCUCUACCGGACGCGAGAACAUGUCGAACUUCUCUUGGAACAUGGAGGGAGUCUAGAUAGCGUUGACAUCAUGAAAAGACACGCCUUGCACUUCGCAGCUGCUAGUGGACAAUUAGACACGGUCAAGUUCGUGUUGGAGAGAAGGAGUGACCUUGUGAAUUGUGGAGAUUGUGACAACUGGACCCCUUUAUUAUGGGCCCUGAGAGCAAGCCACUUCUGGGAAGUCAACCAAGAUACGCUCCUAGAAAUAAUAAGGGUUCUUAUAAGAGAAGGAGCGGAAAAGGUGAUUGAAGGGGAUGGCCUGGACCGGAGCUGGACACCUUUAAGGCUUGCCGUGUACUACGAUCUCCGAAAAGAUAUCAUUGAUAUACUCACCCCCAAUGAGAGCGAGCUCAAGGGCGUAGAGGAUCCGCAGGCCUGGCGCGUUGGUGGGCGCAAAAAAGGAGUCCCAAGUAGAGGUGGUUAUUGCGAUGCCUGUCUUCUUAUGCUCUGGGGAGUGUACCAUGAGUGUAUAGAAUGUGCGGAUGUCUCGUAUUGCCUAUGUUUCAAGUGUUACGUGUCUCGAGAUGUCGUACAUCCCGAUCAUACGUUCUUUAGUAAGGGCAGCGAGGAAGAAAUCGAGGAAGAAAUCGAGGAAGAAAAUCGGGAUGAAGAAGAGGAGGAGGAUGACGAGGAUAUGGAUUCCCAAGAGGACGAUGAUGAGGAUACGGAUUCUGAUGGAGAUUCCGACGGAGACAUGGAUAUAGAUGAGUAGUAAGACUAGAACUGUAGGUACCUAAUCAAGUCAGUAAGGAGGACUUAAACGGUGAAAACUGAUAUAAAAAUGAUAGAAUCAUGAGUAGGUAGGAAAGGGUUCACAUUCGAUAUUAGAGUAUCAUACCUAAAUAGGAAGUACAUCUACUUAGUAGGUAGUAGGUUAG